AAAAGCGAAAGAGAACGUACGCUUCAUCUUGCAUGACGGCUCAAUAUUUCGGCAUUUAUUUCAUCAUCAUCAGGACAGCACCUUUGUUAUCUGGCUGGAGAUAAGACUGCACCAUCUUCAGUGACUGGUUAUCUGAGUUUGUAUAUUAUUAAUGCUGCUCUUACUGAAGCAGCAGGACUCCUGCACGGUACGUUGUCUUGAGGAAAGCCUCCUUUGUGGUUACAGCUUAUCCCCAGCGCAGUUUUCCGCACAUGCAUUAUUAAAUGUCAUUGUUUGGACUAGAUUGCCGUCCAACAGAGACCAGGCUGUCUGAAUCCUGAUGAGAUUGAAACCAAACUGUAAGAUGGAAUAGUCAACCUGGCCUUCAGUCGGACGUGAAAAAUUACAUUCGAAAACUGCCAUGUGUUACAGGGACGUCAAAGCCCUAUCGUAAGUUUGGAUUCUGUUAGGAAGGCCGCAUACUGAACCGGAAUACAAAGAGUUACCUCAGUGAAAGGACAUUGGCCUUACAUGACCGCUAGGCUUGGAAAUAAUCGCUAGUAUAGCUUAAUGUUACAGACUGGCUGGAUACGGUAUCACCGAGCAUUACCAAGGACAUCAUCGGGGCAGAGAGACUUAAAGCGACUUCAAUUCGUAGACGAAAAUCGACUGCAACUUCAAGGCUUAUAAAGCUAUCAAACGAAAGGAAACAUCCAUUUCAAACUUUUCCAAAGAGUUUAUAGCUAUGACCACGAUCUGGUGGAUAACAUUGGCAUCUGGGCUGUUGUCCGUUGUAACGGUGGCUGGUUCAAAAAACACCACUCUGGAGGAAUUAUUUGAUCGGUUGUUCAACACAUCCUCUUACAACCCUGGAGUGAGGCCCACGGCUAACGACGAUAGGAUCACCCAUGUGGACUUAUCCGUGUACGUACAGAGUUUAAGCGGGGUUAAUGAGAUUAACAUGGAAUAUACAGCGGAUGUGUACUUCCGACAGCGCUGGGAAGACCCCCGUUUGAAGUUUGAUGACUUCGAUCACGCCGUCAGCUUGGGUCAUCAUUGGUACCACCGACUGUGGCGCCCUGAUCCGUACUUCGUAAACAGCAAGACGGAGGAAGCCCACGAUGUGUCCGUCCCAAAUGUUCUCAUGAAACUCUUUCCCAACGGCACAAUAUUCUUCAGCCAAAGGUUUCAUUUGAAGCUGGCCUGUAACAUGGACCUGAGGCGCUUUCCUAUGGACCGCCAACAUUGCUACAUGAAAAUAAUGAGCUAUGGCUUGACGACAGAAGAAAUCAAGUUUGACUGGAUGUACGACCGGGAUCCUGUGACUCUUGACCAGGAAGUUGAACUGGCUGAAUUUGACGUAGAGAAUAUAAGCUUUGGGAAUUGUACCGCGGCCUAUAGUAUAAGUAGUCACACCUGUAUUUACACAAAGUUUAAACUUCACCGGCGAAUCCAGUUCUAUCUGGUACAGACUUACAUUCCCACCUUCCUGAUCGUGGUUCUCUCCUGGGUGAACUUCUGGAUUGACCCGCGGGCCGCCCCAGCCCGUGUCUCUCUUAGCCUGCUGUGUGUGCUGACGAUGACUACCCAGAGCUCAGCUGCCAGCGCCCAGCUGCCCAGACUCUCUUACAUCAAAUCUCUAGACGUCUGGUUAUUCACAUGCCUCAUCUUUGUCUUUGGCGCCUUUCUGGAAUACGCUAUCGUCAACGUGCAGUGGCGGAAAGCGGACAACCUGGCCAAAAAGGAUUUUACCACGAUAAAGGAACUCCUCGCUCCGUGGACACCCCCUGGGCUUAAUAUACAGAGUGAACCUCCCUCCAUGGACAAGGAGAAUGGAAAACAAUCGGAUGCCAACAGUAAAAUGUUACAGUCCCCAGAGGAGCACGAAACGAAAUACCGGAAAAUGUUCAUGACGGCAGAAAAAGUGGACAACUAUUCACGAGUUAUAUUUCCCGCUACGUUCUUGUUGUUUAAUAUUUUGUAUUGGUUUGUGUAUAAAUUGUAUCCGAACGAACCAAGCCUAUAAUAUCGGCCUUUACUGAAUGAGUGUUGAUUUUGAUGUAACAACAACAACAUAUAGUAGGGGUUCAUUGGAAUCCUCCUGUAGUGAUCUUGUCCACAACGUACUCUGGUGGACUUACAGCUGAACUGUCUAUUUGUCCAUGGUGAAUGAUUCCUAAAUGAAAAACAACCAUGAGUUUCAUAAAGACGAGCAACAGAAUUCCCUAUACUACAUUGUUAUUGUGAAGUAUACGUUUUGUCUCAAAAAUAUGCUAAAAUCGAUAAUUUCCCUAAUGUUUACAUGCAGAUGAAAGUUAGCAGAAGUUUCAACCGACGAAGGUC